CAUAGGAAUAGGGACAGGGUGAAGACUGAAAUGUACGGCCAAUCACCAUGCGACGACCGUAUACGCAUGUGACCGGCGGUGCGGCGCGUGUCGGGACACUGCACACGCCGACCGCUGCCAGUACGGGAACGGCGCCAAUCUCCUCGAAGCGGAGUCCGGAGAGGGAGCCGUGUCCGGCGUCUACUCCUCGCAACACGAGACCCGCCGGCGUGUUGACCGUACACACCGCAAGUUGCCGCAAAAUCGCAUGGGUCACAGCCCCACGUCGUCCCAGCACAGCGGCGCCGCCGUGCAAAUACUGCACAUGCGUGCAUCACUCGACCGCCAUUCCCUCACGCUCCUGCAAGCCGUUGUCUAUGGACCCGCGGCCGGCACCAGCGUUCGCCUCGGCAUGAUCGUAUAUCUUCUCCGUUGUCAAUGUUUUUGUUCGUCGCCUGUGCUUCGGCGUCCUCUGGUGGUCUGCCAGCGCCUGGGCGGAGAUGCAGUACUUGCUGCAAGCUAUGCAAAAGUACUGCCCCAGUCCUGGCAGGUCUGGGUCGGGCACGGUUUUUUCGGCGAGCACCUUCUCCGCCACACCGGGCGCCAGCUGUCGCGCGCAGAUGUCGUCCCACCGCCCCUUGUUGACGGUGUGCUUGAGGCCGGACUGGCGGUGGUCCUUGUUUGCGUGGCGCCGGCCGCCGCCGCCAACCUUGCGGCCGCCCCUCCCGCCCUUCUUGCCCAUCCGGGUGUGCGAGGCUGCGCGGCUGCCGGGGUGGAAGGCGACUCGAGCGUGCAGGCGAACAAGAGUGCGCGAAGAAGGCGCGUCGACGAGCGAGCAGAAGGCCAGAAAAGAAAAAAAUCCCGCGAAAAGCGGUGGAGCCGGGAGAAGCUGGCGAAGACGAAGGGCGGCAGCGGAGAAAGCGACACCAACAACGAGGGAAACGACCAUACCGGUCGUCGCAUAACGCUCGGGAGACGAGCAAGAGAGCGAAUCAAGGAAGGUCGGGACCCUGGGAAGACGAGGGGUGAGCCCUCAGCGGGUCUACUCGAGUGUCUGCGCAAGUGA